AUGCAGGAAUUGGACGACUCUGCUUGCCCUGCCUCCCCCUCUCGCAUCCCCACCUCUAAGAAGUGUAAGGGUCUCGAUUGUCCAGUGCCGCCUCCUCCUCAGACGAAGAGCAAGAUUGCCUACUCUCACCCUGGUCCGCCUCCGCCGAUCAAUCGCGCUACCAAACCCAAGCCCCGUCUGACAACGUGGGCAGGGAUUGCUCGUCAGGCUGCGCUGAUGCCUCCCCCGCCUCCUGGCUUGGGACCGCAACGCCGCGGGCCUUCUCCCCUACCCGCAUUCCCAACGGGCCCGAUGAAGACUUCGAUUCAUUGGUCUGUUCUGUCUUUCACUUCCGAGGGCCCCACCCAGAAGCAGGUUCUCGUGUCGUUUGGGGGUACCCCUCCUGACCUCACAAAGUUUUUCACCGAGUCAGCCGUCACCUCCAUCAUCCACACCUAUGACGGCCUGUCGUUGGUCACCCCUGCUGUUGCCAGCCCGUCCGAUCUGGACAUACUGCACAACUUCAUCCACGAAAGCCUCCCAACAGGUACUCCAUUUGAGGUCGCGCUUCCUUUGUCAACAUCUUUUAUUAAGAUUCUCGAUGUCCCUUACUUUGACCCAAAAGGGUUGAAGAUCACCCAGGAAGCCCUCGAAAAGGCCCUCUGCACCUCAGUUCACGCUGAGGUUUUCGCGUAUCUGAGCACCAAACCUCGGAUCGAUCGCAACUUGGCGCACUCGACAUCGUGCACUGUCUACUGCAAUAUCUGGGACUCCCAGCAGGGAACCCACACCAAGAAGGCCUUAAGCCAACCAAUUUUCCUUGCUGGGCGAUCCUGUCCGCACAAGCAGAAGGAGCAUUGUCAACAUGCGGGAUGUUGCAAGGGGAACGCGAAAGUGAAGCCCCCUGUGCUGCCCACCCCUCACGACCAGCCCUGCCCCCACAAGGGCCGCUGCAUCAAUUGCCACAAGGACCAUACCGCCAACUUGGCUUCAUGCAAGUACUGGGCACAUCGCUACAACCGUGAGUGGAUCAUGGCCGAGUAUCGUCAGACUAAUGUUGGGAAACCUUCAGGAUCUAAAUAG